UUGCCAUGGUGCCCAGCAAAUGCCGGCCUGCUGCGGGGGCCCGGCCGGGCCACGCCGUUUCGGCAAACAAUUAUGGGCUUCAGUUGGUUCUCCAAAGCACAUCGGCAGCAGAAAGAACCAAACCUCUGGAGCUUAGAUUACACAAAGACCAACCCUAUCUUCACAACAAGUUCUUGCAGCAUGAACUGGAAAAGAACUAUUCAGGAAAACUAGAUGGCAGAUUAAGCCCUUUAUCACGCAACAAAAAGUUGUAUGUCCCCGUAUCAACAAAUUUUGCAGAUAUUCCUGGACUGGAGAUGAAAUACAGUGCAGGAUCCCUGGCAGCAUUUGGCGAUUGCUCUUUUCCUACUCCAUCAAAAUACAGGCUUCAGCAGGGCUGUCAUAAUGCCAGUGGAAAUGUUCCAGAAAAUAUCACUUAUGGGAACACAGCCUUUCCCCUGGUGCAUCGAACAGCCGAAGAAAAAACGCAGCACUCUGACAGGUUGACCCUUGAAAGACAAAAACUGACGGUUUGCCCAAUCAUUGAUGGAGAAGAGCACCUCCGUUUGCUGAACUUCCAGCACAACUGCAUAACUCGCAUCCAGAAUAUCUCUAAUUUGCAGCAUCUCAUUUUCUUAGAUUUGUAUGAUAAUCAGAUAGAGGAGAUCAGUGGACUGUCUACUCUGCGGUCGCUUCGUGUCCUUUUACUGGGAAAUAACAGGAUAAAGAGAAUAUCAGACCUGGAUAACCUUGUAAGCCUUGACGUCUUAGAUCUCCAUGGGAAUCAGAUUGCUGUCCUAGAAAAUCUAAACCAUUUAAGUGACCUCAGAGUGCUGAAUCUCGCCCGGAAUUGUUUAACAUAUAUCGAAAACCUCAAUGGACUGGAUUCAUUGACAGAACUUAAUCUUCGAUAUAAUCAGAUCAGAUUUGUGAAAGAUGUGGACACUUUGCCCUGCCUCCAGCGUCUGUUCCUCAGCUUUAACAAUAUAUAUCGAUUCGAUGACAUCGUGUGCCUUGCUGAUUCUGCAUCCAUUUCAGAAAUCACCCUAGAUGGCAACCCCAUAGCGCAAGAGACAUGGUACAAGCCUACCGUUCUCCACCAUAUGAUGCAGCUCCGACAGCUAGAUAUGAAGAAAAUCACCGAAGAAGAGAGGCGCAUAGCAUCGGUCGCGCUACGGAAAGAGGAAGAGAGGAGGCGGGAGAGCCACAAGCAGACGCUGUUGAAGGAGAAGAAACGCUUAACCAUUAGCAAUAUUGCCCGCCAGUGGGAGAACCAGCAGAACCGUUUUGGCCUGCUGCCUUCUAGCCAAGAGAACAACAAGGAGAAUGAAUCCUGCCAGAACAACAGAAGUGCCGCUUACUUGUUUCCGGAGGAAACCAGGUCUCUCGAUUCACUUUUGAGCAAAGCCACCCAAGGGCUGUCUGUCCUGGACUCACACCUGGUCGAAAUAGAUGGUGACACUCUGUAUCUGUACGGUGCCGGAGCGCUGGAAUCCCUGGAUCGGAACUGGAGCAUUCACACAGCUGGAAGCGUCGCCACGAUCGCCUUCAUUUUCAUAGACUUCGAUGAAAUCGUCCCCGUGCUGCCGAAGCUGAAGAUCAAGUUUCCCAAUUCUCUGCACCUGAAGUUCAAGGAGACCAGCCUCGUCACGCUGCAGCAGUUCAACGCCUUAGCCCACCUUCGCCGCCUUGAGCAGCUAACCGUCGAGGCGCAGGGCAAUCCCGUCGUCACCUUCACCCUGUGGAAGUAUUACGUGCUCUUUCGACUGAGCCAUUUCAGUCUGCAGAAAAUAAAUGGAAUAGAGGUGACCCAGAAUGACAUGGUCAUGGCAGAAAGACUGUUCGGCGUCCUGGCUUGUGUCGCAUCAUCCGACAUGCCCUACUGCCGCUUGCUCGCCUUGCUCGGGGACUGCAGGAAGAAACAACUGUGUUAUCUUUUGGAAGCAAAGGGGAAGAAAUUUGGGAGUACAAGCGAAGAUGACAACGACCGUCGAAAGCUUGGAGGAGAAAAUGCCAGUCGGUCAACGUUGAAUUACACCACAAGAGACUCUCAGACAGAAAAGCUGGAGGAAAUGAAGGACAGGAAGAACUUCUGCCAAAGCUACAUCCAAGGAUUGGUGAAGGAAGCAACGGACAUCAAUCUGAAAAACGAAUCCUUGCAGAAACUCUGGCCUCAAAUGUUCAUUGAACUUGUCAAGGAUGCCGUGAUCGAGAUACGCAACAAGGAUUCCUACAUGAAACUCUGCUUGCAGCGGAUCGCUGAUCAGAAAUCCUAAAGUCACAGCUUCCCGUGUAUUUUGGUAUCAUGCGGUGCGGUUUUUCACGAAGGUCUAAAAUGGUGCAUACAGUUGCUAGCACCCUUGGACAUCUUUUAAAAAAUAUAGGAAUAUUGCUUUGAAGGAACUUCACUUUCCCACAAGUUUCAGAUGAGCUGUCUUUAUUCUCGCUCAGAUAACACACCAGGGUCUGGGCACACUGGCUUAACACCGCAUUAGGCAGAUAAAUUGGCACCUGUGUUGUGGUCACUGAAUCCUGUUUUUUGUCAAUGGCACUGUUGUUCUUUUCUCACUGGAGCACUAACCCUCCUCUCUCCUCUCUUUUCGAUGCUCACCUUUUAAAUAGUUUUCUUGAUUCUCUAGCGAUGGGAAGAAAGUCACCUUCUGAAAGAGUGGAUGUUGAGGGCUGGAAGCUAAUAAAUGAUUCCGUUUAUAAAUCCCAA